AUGAUAGCGGGAAGCCCUGUAGAAGCCAGCCGACAUGGAAGAAUUGCUCAGCGAUCUGUACACCACAAGUCGUUGAUGGUUUUUGGGGCAAUCACAUCGGACGGCAAGAUGCCCCUGAUUUUCUGGGAGAAAAAGAUCAAUGUUGAUAGCAAGACCUACUCAAAAGGUGUGUUGGAGAAGUAG